CCUCCGCGCUCUGCCCUCCCCCGGCGGCCGGGGCGGGGUGCCCCAGGCAUGGCGGCGGCCGUGAGGUGCGUGUGGCGGCCGGGCGGCCUAUGGACCGCCGCGCCCCAGAUGUUAAGGCUAAUCUAUACCACUACAGCAGUGCAGGGGAAAAAUGUAGGAGCCUCAGGACCUGAAAAGUACACAGAGGCAUUUAUUAAAAAACAGAUUGAAGAAUUCAACCUGGGAAAGAGACAUUUAGCCAACAUGAUGGGAGAAGAUCCAGAAACUUUUACCCAAGAGGAUAUUGAUAGAUCUAUUGCCUAUCUCUUUCCUUCUGGCUUAUUUGACAAAAAAGCCAGGCCAAUAAUGAAGCAUCCUUCCGAAAUUUUUCCAGAGCAGAGGAAAAUCCAGUGGGGAGAAGAUGGCCGACCAUUUCACUUUCUUUUUUAUACUGGCAAGCAGUCAUAUUAUUCAUUAAUGCAUGAAACAUAUGAAAAAUUGCUAAAUAUUCAGAAAUAUCAAGACCAGCUGACAGCUCAAGACCUUCCUCCUCCGAAGGAAAAAAAAAACCUGGUUGGUACCAGAUGGUUGACUAAGACUGAAUUGGAAGAAAUGUUGUUAGAAAAACUGUCAGAUGGUGAUUAUUCAAGAUUUAUUCAACUUAUACAAAAAUUGGUGAUGAUGCCAUGUAGUGAAAUUGAGGAGGAACAUAUUAAAAAGUUCUCCAAAGAACUUCCUGUCCAGUUGCAGAAAGUUGUUAUUGAGCCCCUGAAGUACGAUGAGCGAGGAGUGGCCUUCAGCACUGGUGAAGGUGCAAGGAAAACUGCAAGAGCUUCUGUCAUAGUUUAUGACAAUGGGACUGGAAAAAUGACAGUGAAUGGAAUAGACAUUUUACAUUAUUUCCCAGUGCUGCAGGACAGAGAACAGUUGCUAUUCCCUUUCCAGUUUCUUGGCAGAGUUGGAAAACAUGAUACAGUUUGUACAGUCUCUGGUGGAGGAAGAUCUUCACAGGCUGGAGCAAUACGUUUAGCCUCUGCAAAAGCCUUGAGGAGUUUUGUGACAGAGAAGGAGGUGGAAUUCAUGAGGCAAGCUGGACUACUAACAUAUGACCCACGUGUGAAAGAACGGAAAAAGCCUGGUCAAGAGGGAGCCAGACGGAAAUUCACCUGGAAAAAACGCUAAGUCUGUGUAAAGAAUGGCAGAAUGCUACCAGAAUUUCAGAACAUACAGAAUUAUGAUUUUAAACUAUUGUAUAAAUAUAUUUAGCAAUAAAGACUUUUUCCAUUAUAACUAC